AUGUCUCCAGUGGCAGAGAAGGACAGAGCAGUUGUUCAGCUCCUGCUCAACGCUGGCACGUGCCCACGAUGUGUUCUGAGGUUCUGCUCUGUGGGGUCACAGCUGCUCUACAGACACCCACUCCAGGAUCUGCUGAAGGAUCUGCAGGAAUUUCUGAAGAACAGCCAGGAAAAGGAAGGCACAGUGUGUUUGGAUGUGGCUGACCCCCCUUGUAAGAGACUCAGGCUCGAGCACAAGGAGGAAGGUGCUGAUGAGCUGAACCACAACGGGGCCAUCCCACAGCUCCCCUCAGCUGGGAAUGCUGGGAAUACUGGGAAUACUGGGAAUCCUGCCCUCAGUGGGAAUACUGCCCUGGAGAGCUCUGCUGGGAGGGUCUGCAACGUGUGUUUGGGAAUUCUCCAGGAGUUCUGUGAGCCUGACUUUGUUAAAAAGGUGUGCCAAAAAGUUAAUUCUGCUGACUACCAGUUCACCAGUUUUGUAUUUUCUGUGUCACUACCCCCACAGCUGUCUGUCAGGGAGCGUGCUGCUUGGCUGGGGGUGAAGCAGCAGAUGAGAAAUCUGGGCCUUCCCUUGGCCAAGGAUGACAUUGUUCAGCUGAAGGAAGCUUACAAGUGGAUUAUUCAUCCCCAGCUGGCAGAAGAGUUGGGUGUUCCUGCUGAUGGAAAGAGUUUGUUUGAAGUCAGCGUGGUCUUUGCUCACCCAGAAACAGACGAGGAGUGCCAUUUCCUAGCCACAGCCUGCCCAGACUGUUUCAAACCAGCAAAGAACAAACAGUCUGUUUUCACCAGAAUGGCAGUUAUAAAAGCCCUGGAGAGGAUAAAAGAAGAGGAUUUUCUCAAGCAUUUUCCAUGUCCCCCAAGCUCACCAAAGAACCUCUGUGAUGCUCUGGAAAUCCAGUGCAAUAAUGGUGCAGUUUUUGUGGCUGGAAGAUACAACAAAUACUCCAGGAAUUUACCUCAGACUCCCUGGAUUAUUGAUGGGGAGAGGAAGCUGGAGUCUUCAGUGGAAGAAUUGAUUUCAGAGCAUCUGAUGGCACAAUUCAAGGCAGACAGCUUUAAUUUUAGUUCCUCUGGAAGAGAAGAUGUGGAUGUAAGGACACUAGGCAAUGGAAGGCCCUUUGCGAUGGAGCUGGUGAAUCCCCGCAGGAUCCGUUUCAGCGCCGAGGAGAUGAAGAGGCUGCAGCAGGCAAUUAAUGACUCUUCAGACAAAAUACAGGUUCGAGAUUUGCAGCUUGUCACCAGAGAGGCAAUUGGUCGUAUGAAGGAAGGUGAGGAGGAGAAGACAAAGACCUACAGUGCCUUGAUCUGGACAGACAAAGCGAUACAGAGAGAGGACAUCGCGUUUCUCGAUGAUAUCAAGGAGCUGAGGCUGGAGCAGAAGACGCCGCUGCGGGUGCUGCACCGGCGGCCGCUGGCCGUGCGCUGCCGGCUCAUCCACAGCAUGAGGAGCGAGUACAUCGACCAGCACCACUUCCGCCUGCACCUCAGGACACAGGCAGGAACCUACAUUAAAGAGUUUGUGCACGGAGACUUUGGGAGAACAAAGCCCAACAUUGGGUCCCUUCUGAACAGAACUGCUGACAUUCUGGAGCUGGAUGUAGAGUCUGUUGAUGUUGACUGGCCUCCAGCCCUGGCUGAUUAACCCCUGGAGCUGGGAUGAGGAAGCAGCAGCUCCCUGGCAGCAGCUGGUGACCAGACACUGUGCAGGAUCUGUCACAGCCUGGGUGCCAAGGGUGUCCCUGGAACAUUGGGAUCAUGUUGAUCUGCCAGAGGAUGAUACCCUUGGGCACCACUUUACACACUCAGGACCAGGUAGUGUUGGUUCAGUCUCUAGCCUUACUUUUAUUUCUUCUGUACAUAAAAAGAUUUUGGGGAGCCAAUGUCUAUAACCCUCCAUCAAGCCAGGUUUGAUUUAAAUUUUUUUUUCUAUUAGAUACUACAGCUUUCCUUGUGUGGAUGCAGGUAACACUGAGUUACCUGAAACCCACUCCCAACUUUUCCUGAGACACUGCCUUUGUUUUGGUCAGUGGCAGUAGAGAUAAGCAGAUUUGUCUCUCAGAGUGCUUUUCAAAGGGGAAAAAAAACCAUUUUCUGAGGAAAACUUUGCACUUAAAACCAAGUUUUUCUCAUUUAAAAACAUUGGGGAUGCUUCCUAGAAACAAGAGUUGAGGCCUCCUCAGCCCUUUUGAGGAGUAGGAAUUCCCCAGUGAGUCACAAUGUACAAAAAGACUGUGAACUCCUGACAGUGGUGGGUGAUGGGAAUCUAAAGAAAAACAGGAACAAAACAGGAACACCGAGAAUGUCAACGAGCAGGCAGAAACAGGAGCUACCACAGGGUGCUGGUAUCGAGAGAGAGAGAUAAAAACCUCUGAUUUAGCAGCAUAAUAAAUUUUUUCUUGUGCCUCACUUUGGAUGGAUGCCUGGAAGAGUUGAAUACAGCCUAGGAACUGGAAUAGGGAAGAUCUGAGGUUUUCUUUGGUUAUUUUAAAUGUUUCCUACUAAGCACCACCAAGGUCUUUAGGAAGUCAUUUUCUAUACCAGUAUCAUGUUAAUCCAUUAGGGAGGUGCUUCCCUGAAGUACAGAAGAGUUAAACUAUCAACAAGAAAUUAAGGUUUGGAAUCUCAGAGCUCUUUGUUAACAUUUUGGGGCUAAAGAGGGUAACAUUUGCCAAGACAAGUUACCCUCCACUGUCUGGGGACAGGGAGGAUGACUGGGAUGUCUUCCCUUGAAUUCAGUGAUGCUACAACAGCUCCAUCACAGCUUGAGCUGGAGGCUCUAAAAGCGUUAAUAAAUACAUUUUUAAGGAGCUCCUGUAAGGCUCUGCCUGUGCUGGGCUCUCAACUUGUGUCUGUAACGUAAGUAAUUCAGAAGCUCCUGUUUUUCUAACACAGAAAUUUGAUUCAGACAGAAAUACUAUUUUUGGUUUUAAUAUUAAAGCUCUUAUGAGCAACACAUUCCAUGAGUAGUUCUCAGAUAAUAAUCUGCAGCCAGGAAGGAAAUGUCAUUAAUGAUGGAAAACUAAACAAACUGAAUUCAGAAAACAAAAGGGAAUUUCAUAUCUGCAUGAUUUCUUGAAACUCACAGUGAGCUAAAAUACAAUUUAUAAAUUCCAUAAUCUACAAGGGAAAGAAAAACUGUAAACAAGACUGUGCUCUCUGGACACAACAGGCAUGGGAAGAGCUGCUCCAAGGGGCAAUGGAGCCAGAGAGGGGAGAGGGAAAGGGCUGCCAAGGACACACAAGGCUCUUCCCUGUGCAGCUCCUGCCUCACCUGGGGAUCCCAGGCAGAAUCCAGGAUAAGGAUUGGACUGGAUCCAGCUCAGGGUGCUGGGUCUGAGCUCUUCUCUGGGCAAGGCAGAGAGCUCCUCCCAAAACUCCCAGGCUGUUUAUUUUUGUGGGAAAUCUGAAGUAUCCAAAUGGGAGGGUGGAAGCUGAUAUGCAAAUAUCCCUGAGCUCUCAAGGCAGCUCCUGGGCACCAAUCACGGGCAAAAAUGAAACUGAGAAAUGUAAACUGGGGCUCUGAACUUGGUUUCCAGUCCAGUUUUGUAACCAUCACAUACUGAAUAUUGCAGCAAUAACAUUCAUGUUGCACUUGGGCCUUCAGCUGAUUUUUAGGAGUAUUUUUGUGAGUGCUCAAACUGGGUGUUUGGUGAGAGCCAGAUUUCAUCUUGGAUUUCCCCAGCUGGACACCUCUAAUGCCUCCCCCCUGCAUUUUGGUUUUGCAUCAGCUCAGCCAAAAGCAUCUGUGCCCUAAAACCCAACAGCUCUGCCACAAAACCUGCUCAGGCAGAUCAGCCCUCACGUGCUUGAGGUUUUAUAGGGGCCACCAGCAACAGGGAGCAGAAAAUACCCCAAAAAACCCAGGAUAAGCAACCAAGAACCUACCUUGUCCCUUUUCCCUGCCUUCCCGUGGUGAGGGACGUCACGAGGCCGAGGAGGCUGCAGAAGCUGAGCACUUGGUAUAACCAGUUUUUUUAAUUACCAAACCAACUCGUUUACAAAGGAAAACAGAACUUGGAAAAUAUUUAAUUAUACGGUAAAAACAAAUUGUACUACAAAGAGCUUUAUAAAGUGAGCAAAGGGUUUUCUGAAGUGAGCAAAAUGUUUACAUUUAAUAUAGUUAAAACUGAGAACUUCAAAAAAAAAGAAGAACUGAAUAAACAACACAAUUCAAA